GAUAGUUCACAUCCCUCUCUCUCUUUCUCCCUCUCUCCUCCUCUUCUCUCUCUCUCUCUUUCAGCGCAUCCUCCCCCACAGUAACAGCUUAGCACAGCAGAAGCAGCUCCUCCAGCAGCCAGCAUCCAUCCAUCCAUCCAUCCGUCCAUCCAUCCAUCUCUGCCUGGGGAGCAGCAGUCCUGCCCGGCGCGCAGCACCGACGCACGGAGAGGGGGCGCAUCAACUGAGUGAUGCCACAGCAUCCGCCGCCUUCCGACAAGAACCGCCGAGAUUAGAGAGAGAUCAGCUCCUGCAGGAGAGGAGAGAAACCCGCUUCAGCCUCGAGAACAGCAACUGCCCAUGAAGAUGUCUAACGCUGACAUCGUCUUAAACCCCACCGACCGGAUGGUCAAAUCCGUGCCCUUCCCCUUGAGCCACCGCCUUACGAUGAAGGAAGUGUUUGACUGUGAAGGGAAACCUCGCGUGGACCUCCUGAAGGCCCACCUGACCAAGGAGGGCCGCGUGGAGGAGCCGGUGGCCCUCAAAAUCGUCAACGAGGGAGCAGCCAUCCUGCGGCAGGAGAAAACUAUACUAGAAAUCGAAGCACCAGUCACAGUGUGUGGGGACAUCCACGGGCAGUUCUUUGAUCUCAUGAAGCUGUUUGAAGUGGGAGGAUCUCCAGCCACAACGCGGUACCUGUUCCUCGGGGACUACGUCGACCGUGGCUACUUCAGUAUUGAGUGUGUUUUAUACCUUUGGUCGCUGAAAAUCCUCUAUCCAAAGACACUAUUUUUACUUCGUGGAAAUCAUGAAUGUAGACAUUUGACAGAAUAUUUCACCUUCAAACAAGAAUGUAAAAUCAAGUACUCAGAGCAGGUGUACGACUCGUGUAUGGACGCGUUUGACUGCCUUCCUCUGGCUGCACUCAUGAACCAGCAGUUUCUGUGUGUACACGGUGGACUGUCACCGGAAAUACAAACCUUAGACGACAUUAAAAAGUUGGAUCGGUUCAAAGAGCCGCCGGCGUUUGGGCCCAUGUGUGACCUGCUGUGGGCGGACCCUCUGGAGGACUUUGGCAACGAGAAAACCCAGGAAUAUUUCAGUCACAAUACGGUGCGAGGCUGCUCCUACUUCUACAGUUACCCGGCUGUGUGUGAGUUCCUACAGAGCAAUAAUCUAUUAUCAAUUAUCCGAGCACAUGAAGCACAAGAUGCCGGCUACCGGAUGUACCGUAAAAGUCAGACCACUGGCUUCCCGUCCCUCAUCACGAUCUUCUCGGCUCCAAACUACCUGGAUGUUUACAACAACAAAGCUGCUGUGCUAAAGUAUGAAAAUAAUGUCAUGAACAUUCGGCAGUUCAACUGCUCGCCACAUCCCUACUGGCUGCCAAACUUCAUGGACGUCUUCACGUGGUCCCUGCCGUUCGUCGGAGAGAAGGUCACAGAAAUGCUGGUGAACGUGCUGAGCAUCUGCUCCGAUGACGAACUCAUGAUGAAUGAUGAAGACGAGAUUUUUGACGCCAAUGCAGCCGCAGCGCGCAAGGAGGUGAUCAAAAACAAGAUCCGCGCCAUCGGGAAAAUGGCCAAAAUGUUCUCGGUUCUCAGAGAGGAGAGUGAAAAUGUGUUGACGCUGAAGGGCCUGACUCCCACUGGCAUGCUGCCGAGUGGCGUUCUCUCCGGAGGCCGGCAGACGUUGCAGAGCGCCACCAUUGAAGCCAUUGAAGCCAUCGAGCCAUCGCAUGAUGAGGACGGAGAAGCUAUCCGAGGCUUCUCCCCCCAGCACAAGAUCAGCAGCUUUGAAGAGGCCAAGGGCUUAGACCGCAUCAACGAGCGCAUGCCGCCCCGCAGGGACGGGGUGAACAACGUGGGUCAAUCCAUGGGCAAGAUGAAUAUGUCGGAGGCGAACGGAACAGAAGACAACAGCAACAUCCAGUGAUGUGCUGUCUGAGCCUCCGAGCCGUCGCUGCUGUUGCGCUCUGCAGCGAGACUUUGCUUAAUCGGAAAUUUCAGGCCUCAGAACAUAGAAAUAAAACGGGCCCACAGAUAGAACAUGAAAUCUGCAGCAAAUCUAAAAACGAAAGGGCGAAAAGGUUAUUUAUUUCAGGACAGCGUGUCAUUGCACAG